UCCAGACGGACACAGCAUGUUAUUUCCGGUUGUCCGUGAUGUUUAACAGUCCGUCAACAGACUUCCUCCUAAUGCAGAGAAUAACAGAGAAAGUAUAACUAUAUAUAACUAAUAAUGAGUUAAUGUGACAUCACUGUUACCCCACCAGCUCACACUCUGAUGUGAGCUUUAACAUCAUAUGAAUGCACUUCAUUGAGCUCACUAGAGGCUGAGAGGCUGAGAGGUCGCAGCUGUUCAUCCUGUUGAACCACAGGUGUUAUCUGAGGAUGUGGAGGACAGCUCGCCUCCUCAGUCUGAGGCUGGCAGAGAGACGAGCAGCCACCUUCUCUUCAAAACCUCCUUCAUCCUCAAACUCCUCAUCCUCCUCUUCCUCUUCACGGCCCCAGGCAGAGAAGCUGAGGCGGAGACGACAGCGUGAAGAGGCCAUCCUGUCAGGUCAACACGGUACUGCUGAACAGAAAGCAGUGGAGUGGAGUGAGAGGCAGAAGAUUGAGUACACCGCUCCAACACCUCCCGGGACAAAGAAAGACACCAGCUCGCCGUUCCCGUCCUCGUACAGUCCAGAGUAUGUGGAGUCCAGCUGGUACCAGUGGUGGGAGAAAGAGGGAUUCUUCCGUCCAGAGCAACAUGAGAGGUUGUCUCCCGCCGUGGAUCGGACCUUCUCUCUGUGUAUCCCUCCACCCAACGUGACGGGGACUCUGCACCUGGGCCACGCUCUGACCGUCGCCGUGGAGGACGCUCUGGUUCGAUGGAGACGGAUGCAGGGCUACAGAGUCCUGUGGGUCCCCGGCUGUGACCAUGCAGGUAUCGCAACACAGACGGUGGUGGAGAGGAGGCUGCUGAGGGACGAAGGGAAGCGCAGACAGGACUUCACCAGGCAACAGUUCCUACGGGAGGUGUGGAAAUGGAAGAACGAGACAGGAGAGGAGAUCUACGAGCAGCUGAGGAGCCUCGGAGCCUCUCUGGACUGGAGCAGAGCCUGUUUCACGAUGGAUCCAGGGUUCAGCAGGGCCGUGACCGAGGCCUUCGUCAGGCUGUGUGACUCUGGUCUCAUCUAUCGGUCGGAGGCUCUGGUCAACUGGAGCUGUGCUCUGGAGUCGGCCAUCUCCGACAUCGAGGUCGACUCGAAGGAGCUGUCUGGGCGGACCAUGCUGUCUGUUCCUGGUUAUGAGAAGGAGGUGGAGUUUGGAACGAUGCUGACCUUCGCGUACCCGUUGGAAGGUCACGAUGGAGAGGUGGCGGUGUCCACCACCCGUCCUGAGACGAUGCUGGGAGACGUGGCUGUAAUGGUUCACCCUGACGAUCCUCGCUAUCAGGCUGUUCAUGGGAAGCAGUGCAGACACCCGUUCACCGACAGACUGCUGCCCAUCAUCACUGACUCCAUGGUGGACAUGGAGCUGGGAACCGGUGCGGUGAAGGUGACCCCCGCUCAUGACCGUACCGACUUCCUGCUGUCACAGAGACACUCGCUGCCACGCCUUACUGUGAUCGGAGGAGACGGGACCAUGACGCCGCCCUGCGGACAGUGGCUGCAGGGAGUGAAGAGGUUUGAUGCCAGACAGCUGGUGGUGGACGCCCUGGUGGAGAAGAAGCUGUUCAGAGGAAAGAAGAGUCACGCCAUGACUCUACCCAUCUGCAGCCGCUCAGGAGACGUCAUUGAGCCUCUUCUGAAGAAGCAGUGGUUCGUUAGCUGUGAUGAAAUGGCUAAAAAAGCUAUCCAGGCUGUGGAGGACGGACAGCUGGAGAUCAUGCCUCCCUACUACACCAAGACGUGGAGGAACUGGCUGUCCAACAUCAGUGAUUGGUGCAUCUCCAGGCAGCUCUGGUGGGGUCAUCAGAUCCCGGCUUACCAAGUGGAGCUCCCUGAUUCUACCGACAGACAAGAGGAGCGGUGGGUUUGGGGACGGAGUGAGGACGAGGCCCGACAAAGAGCUGCUGUCAAAUACGGAGUGAAGCCAGAAGACGUCACGUUGACUCAGGACCCUGACGUUCUGGAUACGUGGUUCUCUUCGGGGCUGUUUCCCUUCGCCAUGCUCGGCUGGCCUGAGCAGACCGCCGACCUUCAGCGCUUCUACCCCAACUCCAUCCUGGAGACGGGCAGUGACCUCAUCUUCUUCUGGGUGGCGAGGAUGGUGAUGCUGGGCACAGAGCUGACUGGACAGCUGCCCUUCAAACAGGUUCUCCUUCACUCUCUGGUGAGAGAUAAACACGGCAGGAAGAUGAGUAAAUCUCUGGGAAACGUCAUCAACCCAUUGGAUGUUAUACACGGAAUCUCUCUGGAGAGACUUCAGGAGAAAGUGAAGGAGGGAAACCUGGACCCCAGGGAGCGGCUGGUUGCCAUGGAAGCUCAGAGGAAAGACUUCCCCAGAGGGAUCCCUCAGUGUGGGACCGAUGCUCUGAGGCUGGCCCUUUGCUCUCACAAGAUUCAGGGAGAAGACAUCAGUCUGUCCAUCUCUCAGGUCCUGAGCUGCAGACACUUCUGUAAUAAGAUGUGGCAGACGCUGAGAUUCACACUGGGAGUGCUGGGAGACAACACAACACCGGUGGGAACACUGGAAGAGACGGCUGCUGUCGGCAGCAUGGAGCGCUGGAUCUGCUCCCGGCUCUACAGCACCGUGGUCCAGUGUGAGCGGGCCUUCAAGGCCUACGAGCUGCACACGGUCACAUCCGCCCUGCACUCCUUCUGGCUCCACAGCCUGUGUGACGUCUACAUGGAGUACGUGAAGCCGGUGCUGGUCCAGCAGGACGGGGGGGCGGCGGUGGUCCAGACUGACACAGAGCACAGUGUGAGAGCGAGGCAGGUGGCCAGCAGCGUCCUCUAUCACUGUGUGUCCACGUCUCUGGCCCUGCUCUCCCCCUUCAUGCCCUUCAUCACCGAGGAGCUGUGGCAGAGACUCCAGCCGUUCAGACCUGCAGCUGCUGCCCGGCCCGCUCUAUGUCUACAGCCGUACCCCCGCUCCUCUCAGCUGGCUCACUGGUAUUUCCCUGAAGAGGAAAGAGACUUCCUGCUGGUGCAGGAAGUGAUCCGAGUGGCCCGCUCGCUGCGAGCCGAGUGUGGCCUUACCAAAGAAAAACCAGCCAUGUGGGCGGUGUGUUCACCCAGCCAGGCCCAGGUCCUCCUUCACUUCGGCUCAGCUGUUUGGACUUUAAGCCGGAUCUCCAGCCUCCAUAUCUCCUGUCCUGAUGGAGCGGACCACCUGCUCCCCGUCCACUCCUCUCCUCCUGCAGGAGGCCUCGUCGGCGUGGUGGACCACACAUGUCAGCUACACCUUCCCAUUCAGAGUGGAAUGAAGACUGACAGACGGAUGGUGCAGCUCUCCCAGCGCAGAGACAAGCUUGUUCCAGAGCUGGAGAAGAUGCUCUGCAGAGUCCGGUCUGCAGACUACCUGACCAAGGUUCCUGCUGCGGUCAGGCAGCAGAUGGACACUAAGAUGUCGGCCUUGCAGCAGGAACUGAAGACCGUUGAGGAGCAGAUGAAGGUCCUGAAGGAGACAGAAUAACUGCAGGACGUCCCAACUGAUCGACUCGGUGGAUUAUUUAUAAUAUCGUCUGAGAGAUGGAGAGAUCUCUACACUGUUAGAAUGAAGGAGACGUUGCAUAACAUCAUUAUUAUGUUGUUCACAUCAUGCAGCCUGUGAUGCUGCACUACUGUACUGCAUCAUUAACGACUCACCUGCAGACGGAGCUGCGGCAGGCUGCGGGUAUCCGUGGUAAAGCUUCUGUUUCUUAAUGCACAGACGGUAUGAUAUGGAAGUCUGACGCGGUUCAUCCGGAGCUCCUGUUCAGCAAAUCUAUGUGUCAAAAGUUGUGAUCACAAAAUGUCUUUUCAGAUUAACAGUCCUUCACACUGAUCAUGUUUAUUUAAAAUGAAUGUUUCUCUUCCUAAACUCGA